AUGGCCCCCAGAGACACCACCCUCUUCUGCCUCGUGCUCUGUCUUGGCCAGAAGAUUCAGGCACCGGAUGGGAAUCUUUCCAUUCCUACCAUAUCUGCCACGCCCGGUUCUGUGAUUCCCUGGAAUGAGUCUGUGAAGAUCCUGUGCCGGGGAACUCCUGAGUCUUACCUGUACCAACUGGAGAUCCUGGGAAACUCCACAUACAAAGUGGUGGAGAAGAAAUUGGGAUUUCAGAAGACAGCUGAGUUUGUCAUUAAACACAUGGAUACAAAUACUGCAGGAUGUUAUCAGUGCCGAUACAGAAAACAGUACAGCUGGUCAGUGCAUAGUGAAGCCCUGGAGCUGGUGGUGACAGGCUUGUACGACAAACCCUCCCUCUCCACUGACGGCUGCCUUGUGGUGCUGCCAGGGGAGAAUGUUUCCUUCCGGUGCAGUUCAGCACACAUCUCAUUCAAUAGAUUUUCACUGAGCAAGGAGGGAAGGGCCGUUCUGUCGCAGCACCAAAACGGGGGACGCUGGGGUGACUUCAUUCUGGGUCCUGUGAACCUCAGCUUCUCAGGCAUCUACACAUGCUACAGUUGGUACAGUGGCAGCCCUUAUGUAUGGUCAGCCCCCAGUGAUGCCCUGGAGCUUGUGGUCACAGAUACCACAAGCCAAGAUUACAGGACGGAGAACUUGAUUCGAAUGGGCAUGGCAGGGCUGCUCCUGGUGGUUCUCUUGGCCAUUCUGGCUGAAAAUUGGCUUGGCCAUCAGGUUCCACACGAGGAAGCCCAGCAAGAUCUGCCUGAACUGAGCUGCAGUAGACAGAAAACUCAGACAGAAUGGACCUUUGGACUAACUCCAAAGGGUCACCAGGUAGACACCAGGCACUGA